AUGCCGGGCGUUUCUAUAUUUAAAGAUGUUCCCCUUGUCCCGACAGACCAUGUCUUUCACGUUAAUCAACAAUACAAGGACGACAAAAAUCCAAACAAAGUAAAUCUGGGGAUUGGAGGUAAAGUUUCUCUUUAUUUUUGUGGAAAGUGGGUCUUAAAUUCUGACCGUCACGCAUUUGAUCAUUUGAUCCGAUGUAGAGUACCCGUGAUGGAGUCUUCGUUUACAGUCGUGUACUAGUCUUUACUAUGUCGUCGUUUUCUAGGUUGUCGUUUACUAGGUCAUCUCUUUCUAGGUCGUCGUUCUCUAGGUUGUCGUUUUCCAGGUCGUCGUUUUCCAGGUCGUCGUUUUAUGGGUUGUGGGUGUUCGUUUUCUAGGUCGUCGUUUUGUAGACUCCCGUGAUAUAAUGGACGUGGCCAACCUCACAAAAUUCAUAUUUUUACCUUUUUCUCCUGCUAUUUUAGCCUAUCGGGACGACGAUGGAAAUCCCAUGGUGUUGUCCGUUGUAUCCAGGGUUGAAAAACAGCUAGCUGAGGAAAUCGCAGCCAAAACGUUGAAUCAUGAAUACUUAUCCAUCGACGGUUUAGGGUCAUUUACUCAGGCUGCCUGUAAACUUUGCCUGGGAGGAGACAGCCCCGCUAUAGCAGAAAACAGGGUACGUUACAUUUUUAUAAGUUCAUCGUGUGUGAAUAGCGAUAGCCUUUGACGAGGAAAAUCUCAGAUGCCAUAUUCCGACCUAAAAAGUUACAUAAUAACAUACCUUAUUAUAGGAAAUUAACACUCCAUGAAAUUAACGCGAAUCGUUAAAAUUCGCGUUAAUUUAAGUCGCAUUAAUUUUGUUGAGCGUUAAUUUCCGCGACGUUAAUUUAAUUAAGUGCAGCGUUAAUUUCCUCGCUCUUAAUUUCCAGUAUUUUAACCCAAUUUUAGAACCUGUCCAGACAUUCUUGACACCUAAAAAACAUUAACUACAAGCUUUCUUUCUUUCCAUUUACCCUUUAUUUUUCAUCUUUCACAAAAGCUGAGGCGCAGGUUUACAAUAUUUCGAGUUCAUCUUCGUCCUUGUCUGGUUGUCGCUGUCAGAAGUCAUGUCAAUAUCUUCUCAAUAUUUCGAGUUCAUCUUCAUCGUUGUCGCUGUCAGAAGUCAUGUCAAUAUCUUCUCCUAUGAUUUCGGCCAAGAUAAUCACGUUAAUUUCCUUUAUUAUGAAAUUCUACCUCCUCUUUUGCGAUAAUUUUCUCUAUUCAAAAGUCUUUUUCCAUUAAGUUUGCGUUAAUUUAAGUUGCGUUAAUUUCCAAUACCUCAAUUUCAUGGAGCGUUAAUUUCCUAUAAUAAGGUACUUCCUCCCUUGGUUGCCAACCCAGUAAGGCUAGACCCUAACAUCAAAAUUUGAAUUCUCAUUUGUUGCCCCUACUCAUUUCCUUCAGAAGUAGUGGGGAGAAUUUGAUGAAAUAUCAAGCAAAUUCAUAAAUUGUGAUCAUGUCUGUAAUUGUCAUCACCACUCCAUUUUACAAAGCAUUGAUAUUACAAGGAGAAAUUCGAUGCUGAUCACUCUUAGGGUGUAAAGGGUUAACAUAGCCCAUUUUGAUGUUGCUCGUGUUUCCGGAAGAAGCGAUAACAUACACAUAUUUGCAGAUAAUUUACUUGAUAUUUUAUUGUGUUCUGAGUUGGAAAUUAUAGGCUUCCUCCAUGAGGCAAAGCAAUGGACAAGUAUUUAAGUUAAUUGUCUCAGUCAAUCAACUACCCCAGGCCACUCCCAACCCCUGUUCGUUUGGUAUCUUUUGUUGCAAAAUUCUGGUGGAAUCCUGGAAAAUACUUAUUAUUUUUAGGAAUCAAAUGCACUAGGAAUUUAGGCAUUGCCUUAUCGUACUGGAUAAUUUGCUAAUUGCACUGCCAUGAAGGUUUCAAUAUUUUAUGAUGUGCACAUUGCCAUUUCAAAUAUUGUUUUGGAUCCUUGAAUAAGAUGUGUUUGGGACUCUGAAUACAACAUCUGACAUCAUUAAUGGUUAUACCUUUUUCAGUUGGAAAUGAGUCACAACAGUAUAUUUACGAGUGUUUGUCUAGUUGAAUUGCAUUUUAAAUCAAUGACAAAGCAGCACAAUGAAAAAGUUGCAAAAGUUAACCAAAAAAACACAUACAAAGAUUAGCAGGAUCAUUGUGUAGCUCAAGAGCAACAAUGCAGUGUAUCUUGUAUUUGGGUUCUGUUGACGUCUAUAGCAUGUUUGUUUUUUUGUAUAUUGUUAUGUGGUAUUAUGCCUACAUGAUAUUGAACGUGAUACUAUACUUGAAAAAUAGAACGUAAUUCUGGUUCAACACUUGUCUCUUUUUUAAACAUAAUCAGAUGUUGUACAUGUAUGGUAGUUCUUAAAACUGUAUGCUUAUUCCAGCUACACCAGCUACAAUGUACAAUGUUGACAAAUAUACAUUCAUAUACGGACCUGUAUAGAAUGUACGUUACAACCUCAUAUUUCCCAGGGUCCUCUCCUACUCCUGUCCCCCACUAGUAAGGUUGAAUACAUUCAACAGUCCCUUAGAUGAUGUUUACACAUGAAGACUCAUGACCUGUGCAUUUUGGCAUCAUGCCAGGCUUUCAAGGACAGUACAUCUACUUGAUGUUAAUAGCAUUAUAUUCUCUUAGACCCCUCUGAUGGUGAAUAGCACUUGUGAGUUUAUUGUUGGCCAUGGAUUUUAAUCUUUCUUAUCCAUAUGCUGGUGAUUGUUUGGUUGACAGGUGUGUGGAGCUCAAGGUAUUUCUGGUACUGGGAGUCUUCGUCUUGGAAUGGAGUUCUUGAAGAGGUUUCAUUGCUCAGAUGUGGUGUAUCUUUCUAAACCCACGUGGGGUAAGUUUCUGUGGCAGAUUUUUUUUUUUUUUUGCAAUCUUGAGAACAAGAACAACUCCCAAGGCACCUAGUUUAACUCAGGAUUAAGGUGGAUUGAGCCAAUUUCUAAGAGGUUAUAAUAUUAACAGUGUGCAAAUAAUGUAUAUCGAUAUGUUGUAGUUAAAUUUUUAUGUUCUUUAAAUUUUGUUUUUCCUUUGUUUUUGGAUAUGGCAAUGUACAUGUACAGACUGUAUGCUAACGAAUUUGAAGCGAAGGAGAAACAAAAAUUAACAGAAAGGAAAAAUUAACUACAACACAUAUUAAAAUCUGACUGAUCCCAGUAAUUGGCCAUUAAUGAUGGAAUUAGCACUUUUGGUUUGGAAAUGCAACGUCAUCUCAUACCGUGUAGUAGUCAUUUCAUCUAUACAAGAAGAGAGACAGCUUUAGCCAAAUUGUUGUGAUAUUGAAAUACAUGUACAUUUUCAUGUGCAUGUACUUUUAAUAUUUUUAGUAAUAUUGUGUUGAGGUGCUCUUCUAAGUUGCAUGUACAUGUAUGGUGUAGUGUUUUCUAUGGUUCAUGUUAAAAUAAAAUAUUAUGAAUGUCUACCUUUAAUUUUUUUUAUAUGAAUUCUCGAGACAUGUAUUAUCGUUUUCAUGGCCUUUAAGUCUCCAGUUCAUUGAAACUUAAUAAUACACAAUAAAAGAGGGCUUCCAAUGGCCUUUUUUCAUUGGAAAUUUUGUGUUGACCAUCAAGUGUCCCUCAUUACUCUUGAGUAUGUAUAUAAGACUGUAUUAACAUGAACAACAAAAACUACAUUUUAUUGUUAAAUCAUUCUGUUUAUUUCAUAAUUUUAGGAUGCAUUUGAUCGUUAAUAAUGCUUUUCGUGGGAAAAAAACCUUGGAGACAGUGCCCAUGUUUAAUAGGAGACUUCCAGUAAAUAAAAUUUACUUUGUUCUACAACAUACAUAUACCUGUACACACAUACAGUAUGUCUGUUAUGCUUGUGUCAAUGUGAAUAUGUAAAAUAAUAUAAACCAGUCUUUAAUGUACGUGUACAUCAGUUUUGUGUGAUCUUGUUUAGGAAACCAUAGAAAGAUGCUGCUUGGUACUGGCUACAAAGCUGAAAAUAUUAAAGAAUACCGUUACUUUGAUAGUGCUUCAAAAUCAUUGGACUUCAGUGGAAUGUGUGAAGAUUUGAAGGUGAUCAUGAAAUCAUUAAUUUUUUUAAACAUUAUUAUAGUUGUACAGUUAAGCGUAAUUUUUUGGGGGCUGUCACUGUAUUAAGGGCAACUAACAUUGUAUCAUGCACAUAAACUGCAAAAUUACUGGAUGCAUUAAACCCAUUGACAAUAGAUGGGUGUGGGGAAGGUGCCUGGUGAAAAUGAAGGGAGCUGCAAGCAAGUCUAGAAGGUAACCAUGACAACCCUUAAGUUUCAGAAGUUUGGGCCCUGUUUAACAACAAAAAACUGCGUUCAAAAUGUUAAGUGUAUUAACGAAACCUUACAGGAAUAGCCCACAAAAGUCACCUAUAACAGAGCAUGGUUUGCUUUACUGAUAAAAUGGAUGCAUUAUUAAACAAAAGCAAUUUUACUGUCACGCCAGUAAAAUGUAGUUAAUGGAACGUGACGCUAGUUAUCAAUAACCCAUUCAUGGCGGCUCUUUUUCAACAAAGCAAUUGUGUAGUCAAGCUGCCAAGGUCAGUGAACUCUAAGAUGCAUUGUAUUCUAGCGUAGAACUUCCGGCCUUGUUGUCUUAAGCAGGCUAGUACGAGCCACAGCAUUGGCCAAUAUUUUCAAAGCACUAUUCAUGGCUAAGAGUCUGCACAUGCAACUCUGAGCUGUCUUAUAGUACAGCCUUUGCUACUGGCUAUGCCAGCAGACAUGCGUCUAGCUAUAAAAGCCUAGUACAACUGUUCAGAGUUCACUUGGGUUCCAGUGUUCAGCAAGGUUUAAGCGCUCAGUAUACUAUUCUUGUAAAAUUUUUUCCCUCCCUCCCUCCCUUUGGAGACGAGGUUUGGGCUUUGUUUUGUGCUACGCCUUCAAAUAAACUAGGGACACUCCUCGCAGUGCGGUUGGCUUGUUGGGCCGCAUUGCCAUUUAACAUCGCCUGCAAACCAAUACUCUUGUCUGAUCCAGCACGUGCUGUAUUGCAUUCAGCUCGUAGUGCUGGGGAGAUAAGUGAGGUUCUUUGCUCACCAAUACUCUUGUCCGAUCCAGCACGUGCUGUAUUACAUUCAGCUCGUAGUGCUGGGGAGAUAAGUGAGGUUCUUUGCCCAUGCCAUCGCGGGAAGUCGCACAGGCUAACCUAGCGCAAGGCAGUGCUCCCCCAUUAUCGCCAACUUGUCAUUAUUUGUUUUAUAAUUAAGUCACUUCGCGUUUAGCAUGCAUCAUAAAGGAGCAGAGACAUUAAUUUACAAUUGUACUGUAAGUUGCAUUAAAAACCAGGUUCCAGUGUAAUUAUUUGAUCAAUUUUCAGAACGCUCCAGAAAACUCUAUUGUCUUGCUUCAUGCUUGUGCACACAAUCCUACUGGAGUGGACCCUAACCAGGACCAGUGGAAGGAGAUUGCUGAGAUUAUGAAGGUAUGCGAAAUAAUCCUUGCUCCAAGUAACAAAAGUUGGUCUUUCAGUGUGCCUUUUUUCUUAAUAAAACUAUUAGACUUCUAUAAACAGGCCUAGGAUUGUUGAGCGGGCUUUGUUGAGCAAGUCGUGUGUCAUUUUAAAAAGAUGCUUUCGCUGCCAUCACCAUCAUCCUUGCUAAAGUUCGUUAUUAUAGAGAAGGAGAAGUAUGAUAUCAUGUUACCAAGGUAGCAAAAUUUCUGAAUCACACAAGUAGGGAGCUUAAGAAACAAUGACAGCAACAAGAACGGCAAACAAGCAACAGGUUUACAGUGUGUUUAUAAGCAAAACAACAACUUUGCAUGGCAUCAAGCUUUUUUGUACAUUUCUUAGUCAUUGUUGCGUGACUGCACCAUGAAACUUCCUAAUUUCACAUGCCCGCUUUAUGGAGUAGGUGAACACAACACAAAUGUUUCUAUUUCUUUUUCUAAACCUAGAUAUGGUCCUUUUGUAUUCAACCCCAGAAAAUUUUGCCAACAUUUGACAAAUUAAAUGAAAUUGAAUGAGAUCAGUGAAGUUUGAAACAGUGCAAAUCCACUUUUGAAGUGAUGUUUUCAGUUUGUUGUCGACCAGAAAUUGCGCUACCAUGGCAACGUGACGGUAACAUGGCAAGGUGAUGUAACGACUUCUCCUCUCUAUUGUCAUGAGAACUUCAACUUCCUUGAACCUGUUUUUAAUGGUAGCUAUGAUUAGUGUAGUAUAAGUUGUUAUAGGGGUGUUCUUGAUAAUGCUGUAAUAUAUUUUGUGUGUUUCCUCUCAGAGACAAAAUCUAUUUCCACUCAUUGACAUGGCUUAUCAAGGUUUUGUGACUGGUGAUCCUGAUAAGGAUGCCUGGGCAGCUCGUUACUUUGUUAGCCAAGGAUUUGAGGUCUUAAUUGCACAGUCCUUUGCAAAGAAUUUUGGUCUAUACAGUGAGUAGCGUUUUUGUGUGGAUUCUCUGUGUUGUUAAAAGCGGUUUUCACUUGACUGUCGUAAAACCAAAACCAAAGUAAAUACACUAGCCAACCAAAGGGCGUAGUAAAACCAAAACCAAACAAAACCAAUCCCUUUCGACAGUCAAGUGAAAACCGCUCUAAAAUAAUUACUAACAAGUGGAAUGUUUGUGUCCGGGUUUUCCUUUGUUUCCGUUGUAUAAUAAUAUCGAGGCUAGGAAACAAUAAUUGUUAAACUUAGAUUUAUAGGAAAUUCUGAAUCAAACUAGGCUAAAUACUGAUUUAAACCGAGAUCGAUUUUACCUACAACACUCUUUUCCUUUGCUAACCCACUAAUCCUGAGGUCUUGCACACAGGCUAAGUUAUGAGCAACAAGAAUGCAUUUCUCGUAAUUGCAGAUGAAAGGUGCGGCAAUCUCUGUGUGGUGACAACUGAUAAUGAAACGGCUGAGAAGAUUCGCAGCCAACUCAAGGCGAUCAUUCGUCCCAUGUGGUCCAAUCCACCAAUCAUGGAGCUCGUAUUGUAGCAACUAUCCUGAACCAAGAUGCCUUGAAUACUGAAUGGUAAGUUAAAUCAAUCAGAAGUGAAAGCUGUCUUCUGUCAUACAUGUCCAGGUAGUUGUACGUAAAACUUAAAGUUGCAUUUUUUGUGGCUUAAGGCCCACUAAAACGGACUCAUCAAAGUGCUGUCGGGUAAACUGUCAGCUGGACUGUUUACGGUCCCUUAUUGUAUCGUAAGAUCGUCAGGAUCGAGCGCUAACCGAUACGAGCGGCCGUCAUGUUUUCUUGUGUACCGAGGGGGUUUUAUAGCGGUGAGGUGGGGGAGUAGGCGAAAGAUGGCCGCCCGUAAUACAAAGUGCUCGAUUUCGACGAUCUUACGGAAAAAUACCGUUGGGGACUGUGAACAGUCUAGAUGUCGGGCUAUUUGAUGUGGUCAAUCUAAGCACCAGGCUUUUCUGAAAGAGGGAUGGGGAGAAAAAAGAAACGAAACGAGGAAGCCUUUUCAAAUCCCCACCGCGAGUCCAAACAUUGAUCUGAUGGCUGUUCAAACAUGGCUAACACGUUGCGGCAUUGUGCAUUAAGCACAGGAAAUAUUGGAAAAUGUUGAAUGUCAUCACUCUUACAUGUACAAUACUGACCCAGCAUCAUCCAACCAGCGACCUCUGGCUCAAGACAUCGGAAAUUUCUAAUCGUGUUCUUGCAGUCACAGCAAAGAAAUGCAUAAAGAUUUGUUGUUUUGUCAAAAUAUUAUUCUACUAUCGUUAAUUUAUUGCUUUUUUUACUUUCACGUUCCCAUCGCCAUUGUCGUUGAUUACGCUCCCCAUUCUUCGUAAAGGAGUGUUACACGACAACAGAAUGAGUAGCUGUUUUCCCAGUGAUGUCCCUUUAUGAUUUAGCCAGCGAACUGCAGACGUACUUCCGGUCGUCGCUUUUCUCCCUCGGAAAGGAGAAGGGUGAGCAGCGACGACCCGAAGUGCGUCGGCAGUUCGCAGGCUAUUUAUGGCUGUGUAGGGGUCAUCUGUAAUUGACUUUGCGAGUGAAAGAUUAUUACCUGAGUUAAUAAUUAAAAGUUAAUUUGCCGCUUUGAGAGUUCAGAAACAGACGAUAUGAACGUUUGCCCUUCAUCAGAAUAGGUAUGUUAAGCAAAUUGGACAACCAACGUGAGGUGAGAACGCGAAAACGCGCGAAAAAGGAAUGAAGGCGACUUACAGCAGUGCUAGAUAUUUUGGGUAUCUCAGAAUUGUCUCAAGCCUCUGCUUCAUGGCGAGGCUAAGUGCAAAGUCAUUGACAGCAAAUGAAACUCAUUUUCUCGAGUAAGUUUUGCUCUUAGUCUCGUUUUGAAAAACGAAUUUGCAGUUCUGCCGACGUGAUGCAAGAUCACAGUUGAAAGUGAAGUGCUUUCUUACGGGGCUUUUUAUUUGUCAGAACUAGCUGGUCGGACCAUAACCGGACCAGUCAUUUUGACGAUGAAAUCGGCUUCUUCCAGGGGUUUUCACUGAUAACCCAUCUCCUUCCUGCACACUAUUUAGGAUUUGACUAAUAAUCUGGCCGGAUAGUUUUGAUUAAGAGUGAAAUUCUCAUUACGACGGUAAGGGUGUGGCCGGUCAGUUCUGAUGAAUGGAGAGCGUCCCAAGGCUAUGUUUGCACCAUACCGCAUAGUUUUUCUUGCCCACACGAAAAAAGCUUUAUCUACACCCAUCCGAAAUGUGACUCUCUACUUUAGACAUUGACGCGGUGCAGCUUCGCUCGGUUUCAAAAAUAGCGCCGAAAUCACCGUUCUUUUGUGUGGUCAGAAGCCCUAUCCGGUCUUACUUUCGAAUCAGGCGCAAAAGCUAUCCGGAGUAGAGUGAACACAGCUUAAGACUCUUGUCUUACUGAUUUGUAGGCGUGAAACAUUGAAGUCAAUGGCUGGACGCAUUCUCAAUUGCCGAAAACUCCUUCACGAGAAACUGAGAUUACUGGGAACACCAGGCUCAUGGAAUCAUUUGGAAGAUCAGAAAGGAAUGUUUGGAUUCACAGGCUUAAGUGGUGAGUAACUAGUAAUUGAGGCGCACGCGAAAUGGGUAAUAAGAAGUGUUAUUAUUAUUAGGUAUUUCUCUCAUGUUAUAUUGAAAACUGUAAAAACAACCAACAUGUUUUGCUGUCGUGCUCACUUUUCGUCCGAGCGCAGACUUGGACGAACAAUGAUCACUAGAAAGGUUAUUUCCUACAAGGCAACCUUUGGUCACGUCGCGUUAAAGACAGUGGGGACUUAAAGGUGGUGUUACACGAGACCAUUCGCAACGACGAUUUUUAGCUCAACAAAGCGUUGCAACAUUGUUGCGACCGACAUUUUUUCGAGUGGUUACAACAUUGUUCCAACAUUGCAACGCUGUGUUGCACUAAAAAUCUUCGUUGCGAAUCCUCCCGUGUAAUAUCACCUUUACGAUCGGACGACGCGACGGCAGCGAAAACGUCGCUUCUAAAAUGAAUUUUCGUUUUUUCGGUCUUUAUCACGAUUAUUCCAACUCACUUACUUAGUCAAAUGUAGGCGAACCCUUCCGGAGUUGAAUUUGUAAGAACUAUAUUCAAGUUUAGAGAGCGAAUAAAAUUUCGCCGUCGCUCGUUUACGUCCUCCCUAAAAGGUAAAAUCAGGCAAUUUCACGUCGUAGUCGUGCAAAAACGGCAAAGAAAUGUACAAAAAUGUGAGAUGCACGUGCAUAGCUGUUGUAUUGUCUAUUAAACCUGUUGCUAUUUUUGACGUUCUCGUUGCCGUCGCCUCGUCGGAUCGUAUAUUCCCUAUUAAUAGAACGUAACGCUAUCGUGCUCUCUUCUGUUUUUUUUUUUCGCGCAGCAUUCGCACUUAUCGCUAUUAAGGGGGAGAUAUUUGUGUCCAUUUAACGGUUAUUUCCUAUUUAUAUUCACGACUACAAGACGGGAAUGGGUGUACAGCUCGGACUGUGAGCCUGAGUGUUUAUUGCUGUCCGAAUAACAUAAAAAAGUUCAACAUCAUAACUAACGAAUGGUAUACAAAUAUUCGAAAACCCAAAAACCCAAUGGGAAAAAUUGGCAACGUAUUCCCAAACCAAUGCAGUCGCACAACCUCUGCUGGGGUUAAAGGUAAAAUAAUAGAUAACUAAAGUAAGAUACAAAAAAUAAAAGUUGAAAGUUCGAGAGCUGAGAUGAAUCCGUUCCAACUGUCAAACCUUUUAUACCUUACAACAGUUGAGUCAAUUAACACCAUAACGGCUCACGUGCGUUCAUUGCCACUUUGUUUAGCUCCGUACCAAGCAAUCCGCCGGUCAAUUUUUUCACGCUUUGUUUGCGCAUCAUUGUAGACGCAUUUAUCACCAUGAUAUGGGACCACAGGCAGACCACCCUCUGUUUGUGUGGCCGUUGUUGUUAUUGAAUCAGAGCAUCGGUCUUUUGUAGUAAGAAGAAGAAAUACAGCUGAAUAUUACGGGGCUACAAUUAUGAACUGGCACCAGAGCUUGCCAUGCCAUAUAUGCGAAAGUUGAAAAAUUGUGCUUUUAUCAUUUUGAAAUAACGAUAUUGUACAUUGGUAACUCUAUUUUUAAUAGUUAUACCUCUCUGACUAUUUUGUUUUGACUGGACAUUAACUGGACUGCGAUGAAUUUUGGAGUUUAAGCUGAUUUUCUGAUUUCGCCACGACCCCAAAUGAAAAUACGUUCAUACUCUCCAUAUUAACUAAUCGGAUUUUUACUGAUGUAAGGCUAAAAUUUUAAAAUGAUCAAGAUUGACAGCCUUCGAAUCCAUGGAUUACAACAUACGUUUGUGAGAGAGACAUUCGAGUGAGAGAUUAGGUUAGAGCUCUUCCCGUUAAGUUGUGCUUUUGAAUGAAAUAUAAAAUUUGUUUAACUGAAGAAAGAGUGAACUUCCUGGUGAAGCCUAUCAAAAAGAGUUUGUUCCCGACAAGCGGUUCAGUUAUUUCUAACAUUUGGACAAGGAAUUGCGCAGGUGUAAACCAACAAAAUCAGUCAGUCACUUAGUUUUACAUCCUUUUCAGUUGAUCAAGUGAGGCUUUUGACCCAAAAGCAUCACAUCUAUCUUCUGAACAGUGGUCGUAUUAACGUUUGUGGCAUAACCCACAAAAAUGUCGAUUAUGUUGGCCGAGCCAUUCAUGAUGUUGUGACAAAUACCAGUGCUCAUCUCUAGUGGGUUGUCACUCAGGCAUACCUCGUUCGCAUUGAAAGUUUUGUUACUUUGAAAUCUUUGUUAUUAUAGUGAGCAGUUCUCACAUUUUUGCAUUAUGGAUUAUCGGGCAAGGUGUACAUGUAUUAUCCCUUACAAGGCAGUUGCAAAGUGCUAAAGACUUUCAAAAACAUAUUUAAAAGUUUUAUCCAGCACAAAUGCUUUGCUACCCUGUAGUUCGUUGCUUGUUCCUUUCAAAUGAGUGUGAAUGAAUUUUGAAUUUUGAUCCACGACCCCUGUCUGUUUUUUCCUUGGCGUCUCAGAUUUGGCAAGUCAUGAACGACACGUUGGGCUCAUUCUUUUUCUUUGUCCCUAUUACAGCAAGCAUUAUACGAUUCUUAAAACAAUGCGGAAACCACUGUAAAAAGCCUUCUUUUUACUUGUGUGGACACUUACUUGGUGGGGACUAAAUCCUGAUGUGCCAUUUUCGUCUUAUUUUCUCCUCAGUCAAGCAAGUAGAGUUUCUGGCCAGCAAGUACCACAUCUAUCUGCUGAAUAGCGGACGGAUCAACAUUUGUGGAAUCACUUCUGCCAAUGUGGAUUACGUUGCCAAGGCAAUUUAUGAUGCUGUCACUACAUGUAAUGCUUGAAAAUCAUAUCGUCGUUUAGCCUUUAGAGACAUCGACAAUUAUCGUUUUCUGGGUUUGGGUGUGGACUUCAAUGCCACUUAAGUCUACAUGUUCUAUGAGAAAGCUGGUUC